AAUUUCUGAUUGGCUCAACGUAGUAUAAUGUCAUUGUCAAUCGGCCAAUGAGCUCGUUCGCGGUACCGCGUAUAUUUGAAAACAGAAAUGGCAGAAAUUCGAAGUGUCCUGCAGCGCUGUGAUCCUGCUCUUCUGGAUCCCUGUGGAGACUCGGAGCAGCCGGACUGUGCCGAAGCAGCCAGGAUGGUCCUCUACCUGACGGACAGUCGUCGUGUACAGAAGGUUCUGUGGCGUCAGCUGUUUGUUCUGGACUCCAUGAUGUCUCUCCUGGAGGGUCUGGAGUCUGUCCAGCAACUGAUGACACAACCCUGCCCACCCCAACCCGAGGGCGGCGCUCGGGGCAAGUGGAAGGCUCUCAAAGCAGAGAGCAGGUCGGGGGUGGAGGAGACGGAGACUCUGCUCAGAUCCCUGCAGGAGAGAAUCCAACAGAUCCACAACAGACGACACACACUCACACAGCUGGUCCAAGAGCUGCACAGCAAGGGGCAGCAGUGUGAACAGCUGUCGGAGUCUCUGCAGGAGUCCCAGAAUGCACUGCAGUCAUGUGAUCGUCAGCUGAAGCAGCUGAGGGUGGAGUCAGAGGCAGCACUUGGUCAGCUGAUCGGCUGGCAGCGACUCAGAGACGAGCUGCAGGUGUAUGUCUCUGCUCUACAGGAUGUCAUGCAGAUCAAUCUGCUGUCUAUCAACCAAUCAGAGCUGUGUGUGGAGCUCAGGCCACGCCUCUCCCCUCACCAGUCGUCCCAUGAGCUGGAACCACUAAAGCUGUCAGUCUCAUGGAACCACGACGACCGCUUUAGCCUGCAGGUGAACGAUGGGACUGCUGGUCUGGUGGAGGACUGUAUGUCGGGCAGACGGUGUGAGCUGAGCGCCGCCCUGCUGGAGGUGAUGCAGUGUUACGUGGGUCAGUUUGAGCUGCUCUCAGAGAUCCAGGGACUGAGAUCCAGUUUUGCCAUCGACUGGCGUCCUGCUCAGCGUCUGCUGGUCUACCUGAAGUCGGCGUUGUUGGUGUGUCACCUGGAGGUGGAGGAGGGCUACCCGAACGGCGGACGGGCCCGACUCGUGUCGGUACGGAGAGACGGACAACCUGUGGACACAUCCGGACUGAAGCCUCAUCAAACUGAUCCGAGUCUGACUGACUGGUUGGUUUUUCUGUGCAGCAGUUCACUCAUCUGAGCGACACCUGAACUCACCUCUGACUCUUCAUCUUCCCUCUCACGUGCACCAGCUGUCUAUUUGAGUUGUAAACUGAUCUGGUUUCAUUUCCUGUUUCUGUGUCCUGUUGUUUUUACUCAUGUUUACAUGAAAUCACUGUACAAAUUUCAGCAUGGAAAUAAAGUUUUUAUGCUAAGAAAAA